AUGAACCCCUCUUACACCCGCCUCUCUCACGAUGAGGCAUCCUCAUACCCUCUGGGUGAUCCUCCCUCCUCACCCCCUCGAUUGGCCAAGCUUCGUAUCUACUGGUUGACAGCUGUUAUUUGUUGCGGUGGCAUUCUUUUUGGAUACGACUCUGGUGUUAUCGGAGGCGUUCUCAUUUUCGAUUCCUUUCUUCGCGACUUCCGAUACACAGCCGACCAGCAAACCAGCGUGAGUUCCAUCGCCGUCGGGAUCCAACAGGCCGGGGCUUUGGUGGGAUGCUUGGCGAUAUGGCCCCUAACCAAUCGUCUCGGACGUCGUCGCGCGAUGAUGAUCUGCUCUGCAAUCUUUUGCGCUGGCGUCAUCUUUGAAGUGCUCAACUCCCACGCGCUUUCUGUCUUCUACCUGGGCCGCGUGAUCUGCGGCCUGGGCAUCGGUGGAUCGGCCACCGUGAUCCCCAUCUACCUGUCAGAGAUGAGCCCCAAAAACAUGCGCGCCCGCCUGGGUAGCUGCUACCAGUUCACCUUCACCGUGGGCAUCUUCAUCUCCUAUUGGAUCGACUACGGCAUCCAAUUCAGUGACCCGACGCCGUCCCAGUGGCAGGUUCCACUGGCGCUGCAACUGGUGCCCGGAGCACUGAUGGGGCUCGGCAUGCUGACGCUGGACGAAAGCGUGCGUUGGCUCCUCGUGCACGGUGACUCGCGUCGUGCCUGGUGCAGUCUCGUCUGGAUCCGAGCCUCGAACGGGCCCGACGUCGUCGCCGAAUUCGCCGAGAUGAAACACGGCAUCGAGGCGGACCGCCACGCUAUGGACGGGUUUCACCCCCGAGAGCUUCUCCAAUGGCGUAACACGCGCCGUCUCGCCCUGGGAAUCUGGCUCUUCCUCGCGCAGCAGUCCACCGGCGCCACCGCCAUGGCCUACUUCGGGCCACAGUUCUUCGCCCUCCUCGUCGGCCAGAACAACGCCUCCCUCACCCUUCUCCUCACCGGUGUCUUCGGCGCCCUCAAAGUCAUCAGCUGCUUGAUCUUCAUCAUCUGCAUCGCCGAACGCUUCGGUCGUCGUCCCCUCCUCAUCCUCGGCGCCCUCAGCAUGUCUCUCUGCAUGCUCGCCACCGCUACUGUCGUCAAAAACGACCAUACCCAACCCAUCCCUUCUUCUUCCUCAUCCUCCUCGAUCAAACCCACCGCCAUCGGCACCAUCGCCCUGAUAUACCUCGAUAUAAUCAUCUACAAUUUCUCCUGGGGUCCCCUCAUCUGGCCCUGCACGUCGGAACUCUUCAGCUCGCGCAUCCGCGAACCCGGCGUCGCCAUCGCCGUCGCCGCCCAGUGGCUCUCCAACUUCACCUGGUCCUUCUCCACCCCGUAUCUCCUUGCCGGAUUGGGUUGGGCUACCUUCUUGCUCUUCGGUUUGCUUGACCUAUUUUUCUCUGGCUUCGUGGGUGUCUUUUUACCUGAGACGGCGGGGAAGAGUCUCGAGGAGAUCGAGGCCUUGUUGGAUUCUGGGUCGGUUCGUGCUGAUACUGGUGGUGUGGGUCAUCGAGUGGCGAUGGAGGAAGAAGGGUUGGAAAUAGAAGAAGAGGAAUUAGAUGAAGGAGAAUCUGCGCCGUUGAACGGGAAAGGAUCGAGUGAGAGGGGAAGAAGAGUUUGA